AUGACUGAGGUAUCGUCCACGCGCCUAUACCUAGGCAACCUUCCCCGUAAUGCCACCAAGGCAGACGUCGAAGGCCACUUCCAGACGCAUGGCACCGGUGAGAUUACCGAGAUCAAGUUGAUGAACGGUUUCGGUUUCAUCGAGUACAAGGACGCCAUGGACGCUCGUGACGUCGUUCCUGAUGGUUCCGAUUUCAUGGGCGAGCGCCUCAUUGUCCAAUUCGCUCGUGGCUCGCGCGCCCGCAACGAGAACUUUACUCCCCACGAGCGCGUCCCACCACGUCCUAGACGUACGCCAUACCGGAUGAGAAUAGCAAAUCUUCCGGUGGAGACCAGCUGGCAGGAUCUGAAAGAUUUUGCCCGUCAAUCUGGAUUGGACGUCGUCUACUCUGAAGUUGGUCGUGAACGCGAUGGCACUGGAUUUGUCGAAUACGAGACGGCCGCCGAUCUGAAGACUGCAGUGGAGAAACUGGACCGCCGUGAGUUCAAGGGGCAGGAGGUUACCUGCAUCCAAGACGUCUCUGAUCCUCCCCCACCUCCACCUUUUAAGCCUAGGGCUCCUUACGGAGGCCCUGGUGGUCCCGAUGACCGGGGCCGAGACAGAUAUCGAUCGCGCUCCCCUAUGGGACGCCGCGGCUACCCACCUGCGCCGUAUGACGACUAUUAUGACCGUCGCGGCCCCCCUCGUGGCUACAGCCCUCGACGCGACGACUACCGCCGGCGCACACCGCCCCGCGAGUUCUAUGACAGGCGUGACGUCGGUUAUGGACGUUCGCCGCCUCGUGGUCGCAUGCCUGAUGAGUAUGGCCCACCGCGCGCGCGUUACCCUGACGAUCCUUAUGAUGCUAGGGCCGGACCUCCACCUCGUCGCUACGACGACCCUUACAUGAACGGCCACGGGCGCCCUUACGACGGAGGACGACCACCCUCCCCGCGUGAUGGUGAGUUGUUGGAGUGGAGUGUGAUUUGGUAG